AUGUCUCGAGCCUCAAAAUUGACAUUCGCUGCUACCGGUCUCGGAACCGCGGGGAUUGUCUACUUUGUCCACUGGUCACAAGAACAAGAGAAAGCGGCGAUGCACAAAGGCGUGGAACGUGAUAUGGAAAAGCAACGCAUUCGACAAGAACGACGGGCCGACUUUGAGAUUCAAAAGAAACUAGAGGAGGAAUACCGAAAGCUGCAGAACGUUCCCAACAGCUUAGGGGAGUCAAGUGGAGGGAAUAAGAAUGGGCAAGGGUCAUGA